GAUAGGUUUAGAAUCCCAUCUAAUUAACGUAUAAAUAGUUUUGACUUUAAUCGUGUGCUAACAGCUGUGCUCUACUACCGUAUCCUAAGUUGGACGAAGAGACGUCUGUAUACUCUAUAUUUAGAUGCUGUCUGAACGUGCGGGCUCAUCCUACGCAGGUAGAUGGCCAUUAUGCUGCGCAGUAUCUUAGAACUCCACAGUUGACUUGUAGCCAACGAAGCUAACACAACUCCAACAGCCGUGUUACAGUACCGAUCUUCAUGCCUAGAUUCAGGGGUGCAGCGGCGUCUCCGACGCGUGCAUGGGUCGUUCGAGAUUACCAUUACCUCGUCAAUCGCCACGUUGUAAUUAGCCAAUGCCCUGGGAGGCCGUCUUGAUACGCAUUCGGCCGAACCCGCUAAGGCCAUGGUUUCUACCGGACCUGUGGUUGUGUUGGUGUUGUUAAACUUCCCCGCUCCAGACUUCCCCCGCAAAUGCCUCACACGCCGCAAAUUUUGGGACACCAGAUCCCACCUCUUCGUACUUUCGUAGAAGCGGUGGCACACUAAAACGUCAAUUUUAGCAAAGCGUUAAUCAGGCACCCACUAACAAAUUUGUAUGGUAGCUAUUUGCUCCAUUACCCCAUAUAUUUAGUCAGGGCCUCCCCACGGUUUCCCUAGUAUUUCCUUCUGCAUCCUCACCUCAUUGCCCCACCCACCAUCAACUUCGAAAGCACAGCUGCGAAGAUGACUGCUGCAGACCACGACAUUGAGAAAAGGAACGUAGGCAAAGGCACAGAGCAGUCCACCCACGACUCCGCAGGCGAGAAACCUUUCUAUACACAUGAAGAAGGGAAUUUCCAGGAUGGGGCGGCGCGAGGCCAUGCUGCGACUGACGAACAUGGCCGACCACUGGUAGAGUUUGACAAAGCCGCCGAACGCAAUGCAAGGCUGGCGGGAUUCGAGAAGGACCUUGGCUUAAAGGGCCAUGACUAUAAUAUUGUCCUCUCUGUCUUCUAUAUUUCGUACAUCCUCUUCGAGAUCCCUUCCAACAUGGCCUGCAAAUGGGUUGGCCCUGGAUGGUUCAUCCCUGCUAUCUCGCUCGGUUUCGGAAUUGCCUCUAUCUGCACUGCCUUCGUUACCAACAUGUCGACGGCCAGCAUCGUCCGUUUCAUCCUCGGCGCUUUCGAGGCCGGUAUGAUGCCAGGCAUCGCCUAUUACUUGUCCAGAUGGUAUCGACGAAGCGAACUGGCUUUCCGCUUAGCGCUCUAUAUUGUCAUGGCCCCUCUCGCAGGUGCCUUUGGUGGUCUCCUCGCUUCUGCUAUCCUACGACUCCCAAAUUUUGGUGGUCUACACACGUGGCGGAUGAUCUUUGCGAUUGAAGGCAUCAUCACGUGUGCUCUUUCUCUCGUUGCAUUCAUCACUUUGACUGAUCGCCCUGAGACUGCAAGGUGGCUUACCCAGGAAGAGAAAGUCCUUGCAAUUGCUCGUGUCAAGUCCGAACGUGUCGGAGCAACCGAAGUUUUGGACAAAAUGGACUGGGCUAAGACCUUACGAGGUAUCUUCAAUCCUGUUACUCUCGCCACUUCUUUCAUCUUCCUCCUCGACAACGUCACCGUCCAAGGCCUCGCAUUCUUCGCCCCUACCAUCGUUAAAACCAUCUACCCUAGGGAAACAGUGAUGUCUCAACAACUCCGGACCGUUCCCCCCUACAUAGUCGGCGCCUUCUUCACGGUCCUCUUCCCCUGGCUAAGUUGGAGAUUUGACCGUCGCAACAUAUUCUUCAUCUGCUGCGCACCUCUCAUGAUGGCCGGCUACAUUAUGUUCCUCGCCAGCACCAACGUUCAUGUCAGAUAUGUUGCAACCUUCAUUAUCGCCAGUGGCUCCUACUCCUUCGGAGCUCUCUGCAACGCCCAAAGCGCCGCAAACGUCAUUUCUGACACAGCCAGAGGUUCCGCAAUCGGCACCACUGUCAUGUUCGGCAACAUCGGCGGUCUGAUUUCGACCUGGUCAUUCAUGUCAUCGGAUGCUCCUAAUUUCCCUAUCGGCAACGGUCUCAAUCUCGCAACCUCAUCGGCCAUUAUCGCCUCAUCGAUUUUGUUGGGCAUCUGGAUGAAGAGGGAUAAUAUGAGAAGAAGCAAUAAGGAUAUCGAUUCUGAACUUGCUAGCCUUAGCCAGAAGGAGAUCCAGGAUCUCGACUGGAAGCAUCCGGUGUUCAGAUGGAAGCCGUAGAAGAGGGGUUAGGCCGGAUUAGCCUUGCCUUUAAUGGUGUGGAUUGUAUGGAAACUAUUUAACAAUUUAAUCAGAUAAGGCAAUUUCAAUAUUUGAAUCAUGAC